AUGUGUCUAUCUCAUAUUCCAAGCACGUUCCGAGUCUUUUGCGUUGUCCAAUUCAGAGCAAAAAGACGUUUGGACCCAGAAUUAGCAGCACUUAAUUCUUGUCGUUCAUUGUGUCCGAUCAGUGCAACGUCCAGAUCCAAUUGCGGUGUGAUGCCCGAGCCAGUGGCAAUGAUGCGUCUUUCAUCUGCGACGGAGGUGACAAUCCGUCUUUUACCUGGCAACGACCGCUGUGCCGAUUGCAAGGCUAUCUUUCCUCAAUGGGCAGGCGUCUCCUUUGGCAUCUUGCUGUGUCUGACCUGUGCCGGAAAACACCGAUCGUUGGGUGUAAAGACGAGCUUUGUUAAGUCACUGGAAAUGGAUGCGUGGUCAGCGAGUGAGGUGCGUGCACUGGAACUGGGUGGCAAUGCCAAAUGGUCCGCUGUGUGUGCUGGAGCCGGAGUUGCCGACCUUUCGAUGUUGGAAAGUGAUGAGAACUCUUUGCUGACGAAGAGCUGUACUUUGUCAGCGAUGCCAGCUACGAAGGCAGAAUAUCUGAGUGAUCAUGUUGACAACACGACUGUCAAAUGCACAAUGUGCUGCAUAAUGGUUUCGUUGAACAAUCUGAAUGCGCAUUCAAAAUUGUGUUUCGUCAGCGCAUCGCGAACGGUGGGAUGGAGAAUGUAUGAACAAAAGAUUGGAGCUCCUGGUGAGCCAUUAGGCUUCACCGUGGCGAAGGCUAGUAGUGGCUAUGCAGAAGUGUGUCGAGUCAUUCCAGGUGGUGCUGCAGAACGAGCAAACGUAAUUGUUGGUAGCUUGCUGAUCGGCCUCAACGACGAGAAGAACUUGAAAUUUAACGAGGUUGUUGGUAUGCUCCCAACAUUGCCGCGGCCAAUAUUGUUCCACUUCGUCUUCCGCUCUCAGGCUGCAUUUGAAGGACCAAAGACGGUGGUUUUAUCCGUCCCGGAACCCAGAGUUGUCGAAAUUAAUAUAACACUGCAUGAUAAGGAGGAGCUCGGCUGCUCAUUGUCUACGACUGGUUUUUACUGCGUCAAGUACUUGAAGCCAACGGAUUAUGUCCGUGAAAUCUGUACAGCCCAGCGUCCGAUCAAGAUAACAGUGCAUCGUGUGGAAGGUCUUAUGAGAGGAUGGAGCAGUUAA